GUUCCUUCCUUACUACUUUUCGUUGUGUUGCGAUGAACCAACAUGGCGGCUAUUAUGAACACUUGGAAGCUGGAAAACGCGUUGGACUACACAAACAUGAACACUGCCAAAAAACUAGCCUUUGCCGUGGCUACAGUCUUGAUAAUCAUCCAUGGGGCUCGGAUAUACAACAACGGAGGUGACACCUGCAACAACCUGUUGUCACAAGGACACCUGGCAGCUGAUAAGAAAUGGCAGCCAGAAGGAUGUAUGCUGCACAAGUACUCUAAGAUGGACACAAGAAAGUGCCUAGCAGAGAAAACUUUCACUUUCGUUGGAGACUCCAGACAGAGGCAGCUGUACUUCAAACUAGUCAAGACUAUCAGCAUUUCACCAGUGAAGGAGGGAAAACAGCAUGAAGAUAUUGUUUACCAUGAAGAGGACACAGGCAUAUCUGUGAAUUUCCUAUGGCAUCCAAUGGUGAACGGGUCCAUGGAGAAAGUUUACAGGGAAUGGAAAGAGGGGAAUCAGAAAAAGCCUAGUAUCAUCAUCACUGGAUCUGGAGCGCUUAGUAAGGAACGAAAGAUGAUCACCAACACACAGAUUGACAGCUACAAUGAUGUUGCCAUGGAGAUUUUUAUGGUGGGAGCUAUGCUGUUCUCUGUGACCAGAGGAAGAACACCUUCUAUGUCUGAAGAUGCAGAGACAGCACAGAACCAGAAGAAGACAAAAAGCACAGCAGAGAUAGCCAGGACCGCACUAGUGGCACUUGCCAAGUUUGGAGUUAUCAUGGCUUACUUCUACGUUUGUGACAGAACCCCCGUCUUCAUGAAGGAGAACAAACACUUCACACACCUGCAGUUCUUUGUGCCGUUUGUCUGGGUGCUUGUGGUUGGUCUGUUCUUCCACUCUGACACCAAACAGACUUCUAUCUUGAACCGUGACCAGACAGAUGAAUGGAAAGGUUGGAUGCAGCUGGUUAUACUGGUGUAUCACUACACAGGGGCCAGUUCUUACCUCCCCAUCUACAUGCACAUCCGUAUCCUGGUGGCCAUGUACCUGUUCCAGACAGGAUACGGACACUUCUUCUACUUCUGGAUGAAGGGUGACUACGGCAUCGUCAGGCUCUGUCAGGUGAACUUCCGUCUGAACUUCCUGGUGGUGUUCCUGUGCAUGGUGAUGGACCGGCCGUACCAGUUCUACUACUUCGUGCCGCUGGUCACCUUCUGGUUCUUCGUGGUGUACGGCACCAUGGCCGUCCUGCCGAGGGUCACCGCAAAGUCCUCAGGAGGCGCUGCCAACAUGCCUGAAGCUUCUGGUUGUACAGCAAGGCUGUCCUUCAGUGCCGCUGACAACAGCUCAGGAUUUGUGCUGAUGAUGUUCAAGCUGCUGGUACUGUGUGGGAUCAUCGCCCUUCUGGCCUCCAUGCAGGUGCUGUUUGAGUCGCUGUUCUCCUGGUGGCCAGCUGUGCAGCUGUUCCAGCUGGAUGGCUCCAUAAGAGAGUGGUGGUUCAGGUGGCAGUUAGACAGAUAUGCGGUGUCCUACGGCAUGUUUUUCGCCUUCACGUACCUCGGCCUGAAGAAGCUGCAGAUUAUUGAUGACAGUUUCCAUGGUAACCUGUUCACCCCGUGUGUCACGUACCUGAUCGUCACCCUGUCAGUCUGUAUCACACUGGGUUACACUGUAUUUAUGACCACUUGUAGCAGUAAAGUGGAAUGUAACAGACUUCACCCUUACAUAUCCUUCCUACCGAUCACUUCCUUCAUCCUUGUAAGAAAUAUUCCAGGUUACCUGAGAUCACGGUACAGUACAUUCUUUGCCUGGUUUGGCAAGAUUUCUUUAGAGUUAUUUAUAGGGCAGUAUCACAUCUGGCUGGCAGCAGACACCAAAGGCAUCCUUGUGGUCAUCCCAGGGUACCACACCCUCAACAUGCUGGUCACUUCCUUCAUCUUUGUCUGCGUGGCGCACGAGAUCUCAGCAGUGACCGGCACGCUGGCCACCACACUGGUCCCCAAGGACUUCAACACUGUGCUGCAGAGGCUGGUCAUGUUCGCGCUGUUCCUCUGCCUGAUGCUGCUAUACGGACACUUUGGGGACAAGAUACAGCUGUUCUAGUCAAGCUGUACUUGCUG